CACUAAAAUCAAAACAGCACGAAACAUAAGUUUAGGAGGGGAUUUGAACAAUUUUAUAAAUUAAAUAAAUAGCCUUAAGAGCAAGAUAAAAGUGGCAAAAAAAAAAAAAAUGCAAAUUUGACAACAGAUGUUGUGGUUCUAUUUGUCCCAUUAUUGUGGCAGUCGUGAGCCUUGAAAAGCUGUUAAUUUUUUUCCCCUGGCCACAACUGUGUGACCCGAACUGUGCCCAAGAAGCUGGUUUAUAUCCGUGUGCAUACAUAUCCGCUUAGCAUAAUGGCCACGAGCUUCGGCUAUACUUAAUAAACUUAAAAAAAUAGUCUAAAUACGCUGCUUAGCCCAGCAAAGUGAUAAUGUGAAUCAGAGCAUUUAAGCCUAACUGUAGUGAUUAGUUGCAACCCAUUCGAAUAAUAGAUUCAUAUUUCCCAAGCGCGACUUGGAAUUGCCAGUUCUAGUGUGUUGGUGUGCGUGUGCCUGCUUGCGUGUAUGAGUGGCGUUUUGGAAUGUUGCCCUGCACGAAAUUCAAAUAGUGACCAUCCUUGAGUCGAGCUUUUGCUUCGCUUUGCACAAGUGAUCGCGAUGGACGCGCACACGCUAAACGACCUGUUGGAGUGCUCCGUCUGCCUGGAGCGGCUGGACACCACCUCGAAAGUGCUGCCCUGCCAGCACACCUUCUGUCGCAAGUGCUUGCAGGACAUUGUGGCCAGCCAGCACAAACUGCGCUGUCCGGAAUGCCGCAUUCUGGUCUCGGUGAGAAUUGACGAGCUCCCACCAAACGUUUUGCUGAUGCGAAUAUUGGAAGGCAUGAAACAGUCCGCAGCCACUGGCAAGGGCGACAGCAAGAGCGAGGAGUCCGAAUCUCAGCCGGAAAAGCAGAAAUCGCAGUCAUCUGCGGAAUCGACGGCCACGCCCGUCCAAAAGAAGCCGCCAUCACAGCAGCAGCCACAACCUCAGCCGGCACGCCAGAAGCAGCGCCGCUUCCUACUCCCCCACGCCUAUGCUCUCUUCGAUUUCGCCUCCAGCGAAGCCAGCGACUUAAAGUUCAAGAAGGGGGAUUUGAUACUACUAAAGCACCGCAUCGACAACAACUGGUUCGUGGGCCAGGCGAAUGGCCAGGAGGGAACCUUCCCUAUCAACUACGUGAAGGUGUCGGUGCCGCUGCCCAUGCCGCAGUGCAUUGCCAUGUACGACUUUAAGAUGGGGCCCAACGAUGAAGAGGGAUGCCUUGAGUUUAAGAAGAGCACGGUCAUCCAUGUCCUGCGCCGUGUCGAUCACAAUUGGGCCGAGGGACGCAUCGGCCAAACAAUCGGCAUAUUCCCGAUAGCAUUUGUCGAGCUAAACGCAGCGGCUAAGAAGCUGCUGGAGAGCGGAGUGAUCAACCAUCCACCGUGCCAUCCCCCGCAACAGCAGGGUCAGCGUGCGCUCCCUCCGGUUCCCCUGAUCGAUCCCACAGUCGUCACGGAGUCCAGCUCGGGAUCCUCAAACAGCAACAGCACGCCGGCUAGCAGUAACUCCAGCUCCACAUCCAGCUCGAAUAAUUGCAGCCCGAAUCAUCAGGCAUCGCUACCGAACACGCCCCAACAUAUGGUCGCCUCUGGAUCGGGAUCUGUUCGCUUCCGCGACAAGGGAGCCAAGGAGAAACGGCACUCGCUGAAUGCCUUGCUCGGAGGAGGAGCUCCUUUGAGUUUGCUGCAGACAAACCGCCAUUCGGCUGAAAUCCUCAGUCUGCCGCACGAGCUAAGUCGCCAGGAAGUGGCUUCCAAGCCCACCUCCGCCUCGCAGUCGUCGCGCGUGCUGAAGACUAAUGUCCAGCAGCAAAUGCCGCCCACUCUGCCGUGGGGAUACUUGGCCCUCUUCCCGUACAAGCCGCGACAAACAGACGAGCUGGAACUCAAGAAGGGAUGCGUUUACAUUGUGACCGAACGGUGUGUUGACGGUUGGUUUAAGGGCAAAAACUGGCUGGAUAUAACUGGGGUCUUUCCGGGCAACUACCUGACGCCCCUGCGCACCCGCGACCAGCAGCAGCUAAUGCACCAGUGGAAGUACAUUCCCCAGAGCACGGAUGCCCAACAGGUGCACCCACAACAGCAACCGGUCGCCCAAGAUGUGCGUCUCAAUAACAUGCUGCCCAUGCAGCCACCGGAUUUGCCGCCACGCCAGCAGCAGACUAACGCCACGACCACGAGCUGCUCCUCCGUGUGGACAAAGCCGGUGGAGGCGCUGUUCACCAGAAAGUCGGAGCCUAAGCAGGAAGUUGCAGCCGCCACCGCCGCAGCUUCGAGCAGCAGCAGUUCCUCCGGGGCAGUGGGCCUGAUGCGACGUCUAACGCAUAUGAAGACGCGUUCCAAAUCACCGGGAGCAUCGCUGCAGCAAGCACCGAAGGAAGCCAUCAGUCCCAAUCUUGAAAACACAACUAAACCAACAGCAAAACUACAUCCAGUGCACGUGAGAUCCGGGUCCUGUCCCAGUCAACUACAGCACAGUCAGCCACUUAAUGAGACCCCCACAACAACAGCAGCAGCUACUCCGUCGGCAGGACAACAGCAACCGUUUCUGCCCAAGCAGCUGCUGGCACCCACCAGUACCAGUGUCUCCUACGGAUCCCAGCGCAUUAAGAGCAACAAGGAGCGUCCGCAGUUAAUUUGCGCAAGGCAAUCCCUAGAUGCAGCCACCUUUCGUAGCAUGUACAGCAACGCGGCUUCACCGCCACCCCUAGCACCCGCCUCUUCCGUGACUCCAACCAUCUACUCAGCAGGCGGACAGCAGCAGGCGCUGACUGCAGGUGGAGGAGGUGGCCAGUCGCAGUUGCAUGCCAAUAUGAUUAUUGCACCCAGCCAUCGGAAGUCGCAUAGCCUGGAUGCGGGCCAUGUGCUGUGUCCCAGCAGCAAUGUGAUCACCGAGGCAGCCAUCAAGGCCAGUGCCACCACCAAGUCAGCCUACUGCACAAGGGAAAGUCGCUUCAGGUGCAUUGUGCCGUAUCCACCCAACAGCGACAUCGAACUGGAGCUGCAUGUGGGCGACAUAAUCUACGUGCAGCGCAAGCAGAAGAACGGCUGGUACAAGGGCACGCAUGCGCGCACUCACAAAACCGGACUCUUUCCCGCCUCCUUUGUCGAACCGGAUCCAUAGGCAGCCUUUCAACAGGACAAACCAGAAUUUAUUAAGCGAAAUUCCAAAUUACUUGUCAAAAUUAGUUUAAGUCGCCGGUCGAUUCGGGCUUCCAAUUCGCAAUCUCCUAAUGCUCUUUUUGAAAAAGAAUUAGUUUUGUACUCCUCUCCCGCUCGAAUGCGCAGUUCGCCGUACUUUUUAUACAAUCCCUAAUCAAAAUAGGCUAGUUAUUAACGUAGGUCCUAAGCCCAGGUUACUUAAGCACUAGCGACUAGUUAGCUAGGAAGGAAAAAGUAUGUUGAAGGAACACUAACAAUCUAACAGGUUCUCGUGGCCCUUUGUACGAUGUUAUUUGUAAUAUACGAGUUUUCCCGUAAUAAACAUUUUGUACACACA